AGUUCAGCAACUUAAACCCAACACGCCCUAUCUAAACUCUACUCCCUCCUUCGGCCGCCUCAUUCAUCCGUACAUCGAGCACCUCGCAACACGCGCUAUUCCGGCUGAGUGUUGUCAAAAGCGCUCGCUUCUGCGCUUAAGCACACAAGGCGCAGCGAGCUACACCCCUAGCGCCUGAGAAAGGUCUAAUCCAGAAGGAUUGAUUAUAUUUGGACCUGAGUAAGGGCCUAAGGAAUGCUGAAAAACUCAUAGAAGAGUCGAAGGCAAUAGUUGAUAAUGGUUCAGAACAGCUUUUGACUGCUUACUACUAUCCAAGCUUCUUUUCACAUAUGGGAUUGGAUGAUCAUGUUGAUCCAAAGGGAGCAAAGGAUAAGGCUCUGGAGAUAAGGCCAAACCUUGGCCGAAAAAGAUCUGGAUUUUCCAUGAAGCCUUACGGAAGUCAGCCUACCGUUGUUACAUUGGGACCCAAAGUGGAUCUUGAUCAUAUUACAGACCCAGAAGAAUAUUUUCUGGCUUUCAAGAAGUUAGAGAAUGCUCAACAAGAGAUAAGCAGGCAGCUGGGUGUUGUAGAUAAUCACUCAAAUACGAACAUCCUGCUGACUAAUGCAAGGCAUCCUCAGCAGCCAUUGUAUUCGGGAAGAACAGUAAAGUUUAAGCACAUUCACCCCAUAGUGAGACUUGACGAUAAUGAUACAGUUAUUCUCUCAAAGGAAAUACAUGAGCUCGAUGAUGUUUGUUCCCCAAAAUCUGAUUCCCAGAUAGAAAACAACACUCAUGAUGCUGAACUGCUGGAAUCAGAACUCGCUGGCUUAAUUACUGAACAGGAAAACAGGGUUAAUAAUGCUAUGGAUAGACUGCUGUCUCAUAAUCUUGAGGAAUUCCAAGGAGAUAGAGUUUUCCAUUUACUCCAGGAGGAGCUGCAACUGAAACCUCUUGAUCUUUCUGCCUUGUGCAUUAGCCUCCCUACCUCUAGUACUGAAAUUAAUAAAAUAAAGAAAAACUCGGAUGUGAGUCUUCUAGACAAUCAAGCUUACAGAUGUACAGAAACAAAUGCACAUUCUGAUAAUAUAGAUACCAGACAUUGUGAAUCUCCGGAUUGGACGGUGGGAGACGAUGAGGUUCACACUGAUGAAGCCAUGACAGGUAUGGAACUUUUUAAUGAAUCUCAUGGGAGCAUGGGGCAACACAAUGAAGGUAGUCAUGUAGAUAUCCAGACUAAUGAUGGAAAAUUGAGCAAGCAGUAUAGGGACAUUGAUGGUCAAUUCUGUGGGAGUGACUGCAUUGAUAAGGAUGAAUGCAGCCAUGUGCAUGAUCUGCCUCUUUCUCAAGUACAACAAGAAGCUGAUGACACAACCCAUGCUUCCUAUGCAAUUGGAACCAACAAUCAGAGCUUCAUGUACUGCCAAUUGGAUGAACAUGCUAAAGAUUUUCCAUCAGCAUAUUCAUCUGAGCAAAUUCACAGUGCCGAUGAUGCAUACAUAAGUGAGAACUGCACUGGCGUUCAAAAUCCAUCUAAUCAAUCGAAGUUUGUUGCUGCCAAAGGCCACAUGAUGGAUAUGCGAAGUGCAGUUCCUGAUACUAAUCCCAGACAACAUAUCAUGAAGCGCAGAGCUACGGAUCGAACACGGAAAAACAAUCCCUUCCGAGGACAACGUGAAACAAGAUCCCUUAAAUCCAGGCCAAGCGUUGCAGAUGGCGGUACAAUGUUUGAGGGCGGGGUCCGACGAAGCAAAAGAAUCAAGAGUAGGCCACUGGACUUCUGGAAAGGAGAAAGGCUACUAUUUGGGCGCGUAAAUGAGAGCAUGAAACUUGUGGGGGUGAAGUACGAAUCUCCAACAUUGGGAAAUAUGAAAGUGAAGUCGUAUGUUUCUGAUAAGUAUAAAGAGGUUAUAGAGUUGGCAGCCCGUGAUUGAGUUUGAUGAAGAGACUCGUGUUCGCUUAGCCUUUCUUCCUGGUGGGACUUGACUUCCAGCAGUUGCACAUCCCGGGAAAGGUUUUUUCUAUAAAAUAUAAAACAAUUAGUCAUCUUCAAACUAUUCAUGAUUAGGAUAAUUAUUAUCAUUAUCAAAUUAAUUAGAGAAUCACAAAUUCACAAUUAUGAUUCCAGAAUGAUAAUUAUGUGGGUCACACUUCUAGUACACCUCUGCUGCAUCUUCAAUAACACCUUCAUACUUAAUAUAAUCUUCUCCCUAAUGAUUAACCGGCCGGGCCGGACCCGGUUUCGGGCAUUUUUUUUUGUUU